AUGGAUAAAGAAGGUAGAAUUGAUGGUAAUGUUUUCAAUAAACAUAAUAAUGAAAAGGGAGAAAUCAAAGAAAUUCAAGAAAGAGAAGAAAUUGUCAAAAUGUGGAAACAUAUGGACGAGAAGUUAGAAAUGAAAGCCAAAUCACUUAAUCUUACAGCUAUCAAUGUCAAGUCGAUAUUACACCAUAUGAUAAAGAAUCCACAAGUGAUAUCUGUCAUUAUGGGAUUAGAUAAGAGCUCUGCAAUUGCAGAUCUUAAGUUGACAAGAUCACGAACAAAACAUUUAUCCGGACAAGAAACGAACAUUAGUGUGAAAGAAGGAGAUGUUGUGACAGUGCCUCGUGUUUCACGAACUUUCCUUGACGUUAAUUAUGAUUCAAAUGAAGAUGAUGAUGAUGAUUAUCUCCCUGAGCAGGAUGAGGAGGCGAGUGAAAUAGAAGUAGAAAAUGAAGCAGAUACUGGAGAAAUUUCGUUUGGUGUUUUGAAUAAUGCACUUCAGGUAGAAGUUAGUAAUGAUGAUGAUGAUGUGGCACCUGCAUUACAUACACGCUCAAAACAUGAAAGUAACAUUUAUCCAGAAGAUAUACCAAACUUUGGUGAUGAUGUUUUAUUGUACAGUGCAGUGGAUGAUCCAGAAUAUGUGGAAUUCAUUUCAAAUCUGAACGAUCCCUCAAAAUAUGAUCUUGAUGAGGCCGAAGAUCCAGAAUAUAAUUUUCUUUCGGAUGCAGAUGCGGAAGACAUAACAGAAGAGUAUGAAAUACGGAAAGAUCGUGCCACAGAAAUACCUUUACGAGAAGUUGAAAACUUGUUGCAAGACUUGUUGGAGGCUCGUUUAUUGCCUUCACCUGAACAUUUGGAGCAAACUAUCGACUGCGUGAAGGAUGAAAAUAAAUCAUGUCAGUUGGAUAGGCAGGAUGAUUAUAAGCCAAAUAUGAAGAAGACUAAAACAAUGCUUAUGGAAUCUUUACCAGGAAAUACUGAACCAACCACCGUUCUUGUGGAUGCAACUUUGGAUGAUUUUCAGAAGAUUUCGACAUUGUCUUCAUCUCUUUUAUGUGCCAGUGUUGAAAAUCCUCCUUUCUUUUCAUUUUAUGAACUUCAGCAGCUUAUUGCUCAAUUAGAAAAACAUGUGCAACUUUUAACUCAGUUUGCAGUGGGCUGUUAUUUCAGUAAAGCAAUGAUCGAAACAUAUAAUGCUUUUCAAGUUAUGAUUAAUGAACUGAAUGAUUAUUGUUUGAAACGCCCAGAACAUUCUCUAUUUAAUAUUGUAAAUUUGGAAGAUUGUAUAGCUACAUGCCAUGAUGCAAUAGAAUGUGAAGCUAUUAGUGAUUUUAUUACUCAUCGGCGGAAGUCCAGGAAAUUGCAACUUCCGUUACCAAGAACGAUGUUCAUUCUUUCUCGAAGUAGAGCAUUGCUUUUUCCUGAACUACUACCACAGGUUCGUAUGGAGAUUUUUCCCACAUUUUAUCCAUAUUUUAUCCGAGAGGAAGAGUGUCUUCUAGCUCUUGGUUUGUAUCAGUUCACUCAUUUGAAACAAUUUUCUGGAAAACGAAGAUGUUAUGCAUUGAUCAAUGAGCAUUUAUUAGCAAACAAAACACAGUCACAGAUACGGUUGCAUUUGAAAAAUUUUCGUUGCAGUAACCAACCUGUACAUACGCUUUUCGUGAAGGCUGAAACGGGUAUGGUAAACAUGAUUUUUCCGUUGGAAAAUAGGUCGACCGCGAUUUCUGGUCCCCCUUACUUAUGGCCACAGCAUCUUCAGCCUAAAUGGCUCAAGGCACUCGUUGAGAGACAAAAUUAUGAUUUAGAAUGUGAAAAUCUUGCAUUGGAUGGUCUGACUUUUAUGAAGAUUACUAAUGAAAAUGAUUCUCCAUCACUGGAUCGUCCAUAUUCAGACCGUAGUUCUCUUUCGAACAGUCUUCAAUGUCAUACAGUAGAUACAGAUAAUUGGACCUUCAACAGAGACGUACUGGCCAUGUCAGUUACUUCGGAUACUAACAACAGCUCUACUGGACAUGCUUAUGACAAUGCUAAAAUGAAUGGACCAAUGUCAACAUGCGUUAACAAUGAUCAUACUGAAGUAGAUGGUAUUCCAUCAUCACCUGUUCGCAAUCUUUUGCUUUUCGCAUCCACCCCAGUGUGUGAAGUAACGAGCCCGUUACGCUCAAACUUAAAUCAGUCAAUAGUAAGUAGAAAAUUGUCAUCAACAUCGAACCACUCAGCAGUCAUUUCAAUUGGGCAUAGCAGAUCACCAUCAAACUCAUGUUCCUUGAGAGUCGCAUCGCCAUCAAGUGAGAAGACGUCACCAUCGAUUUCACGUAAUUCAAGGACUAUAUCAUCUGAGUCAGCAGAUGUUGCCAGAAACCUUAAUACGAUCAAACCAGUAAGACUUGCACCAUUCAAAAAGAUGCCAUCGACUAAAAGAUUAGAUAAAAACGAAUAUGAAGAAAGUUUUGAUUCGGAUCUGUAUGAGUUUGACACAAUUGAUGAAACUGAUGAAAGCAAGGAAUCAAGUAUUUCGGAUGAAGAAGUUGCGAUAGAUUCGUCGUUUUCGCCAAAUUUCAAGAAUUCAAUUUGUUUACAACAAUCACCAAAGAGAAUAAAACAUAGCGGUAGUGAUGAUGAUGCUUCGUCGUAUUUUAGUACCGUUGAUUCUGACUCGUCAUGUUCAAUGGAAGCUGAUAUACAGUAUGAGAAUGAGAUGACACCAUGUUCUUCUGCUGUGGUUAUUGAGAAAAGUAAAGAAGUUUAUGACGUUGCAGAAGAUGAAGGUCAUGGAGAUUGUCAAGAAAUUCGGUGCAUAAGUCGGAAAUCAUUUCAUUCAGGAUGUUCCGAUGCAGAAACUUCUUUGGACAAGCCAGAAAGUUCCUCAAUGAUAUAUAGAUCAUCAAAAUGGGUUCCAAAUACUCCAAAUGGGGAUACUGAAUAUUUUGAUCCAGUAAGAUGGACACCAACAAAUCCAUUAUACUGCAACAGUCUAAUGGUGUUCGGCAUGGAAAAUAAAGCUGUUCAAUGCGAUCUUACAGCUUACAGUCCUAAUAAUGGAAUUUUAGAGUACAGUGAAAAUGUGACCAAGAAUGAUGUAAUAACCCGACCUAUUUCAUGCGAUUCAACUGCUAAUCCUAUUCAGGUGUUUGAAUCUGUUCACUGCAGUAAUCCUUCUUUUGCACAAGAUAAUGAAGAAGAUGGUGGAUCAAAAAAGGGACAAAAUGAGCAGACGGUAUCAAAUGACAGAGGUCAGAGUAAUGAAAGUGUCAGAGAUGACCAACAACUACCGACUGAUGCAACGGAUGCUAGUAAAUCAUCGUUACGAGGCGAUCAAGAAGGUGAUGGUAGUGGUGGUGAGGGAAAUGAACCUAUAGAUGAAGAGAAGCGACGAAAACGUGUACGCACUCGUAAAGAUCGUGCAAGAGAUGGACUGCAUGGAAUGCUUGAUGCGGAACAUCGUGCACUUCAAAUAAAGUGUAUGGCGCAUGUCAUUUUUAAUGAUUUUCAACAGCGUAUGUUUAUGUAUCAAGACAAAGUAAGAGCUCUAUGCGAGCUAAUCGCUGAAGGUUCGAUGUCUCCGGAGAUGUUCGAAAGGAUGCACGAUAUUUUCGAAAAGGAACAUGAACCGAUGUAUUUCCUUCUCUCUUUUCUCUUUCCGCAAAAUUUACUUCCAACAAGUGUUCUUGAAAAUCCAAUUCGCAAGGCGUAUAGUAAUGCAUUGGAGAUGAUAUACAAUAUCGAGGCAUUCACGUCUUUUGGAAAUACGAGAUUGUCCGCGCGCACUAUAUUCCGUAACGUACGUGAUCUUGGAUUCAAUUGUACCUCUGAAGCCUUAACAACUCGUUUAUCCGAGUUGAUUGGUAAUAAGGGUCCAUUAUGGGAAAUUAUUUCGCAAAAUAUUCCAACUCGUAUUUGUCAGUCGAAUUAUUCCGAAGCAGAUUUUGAAUAUGUUGAUUUAUGCAGUUGGAAGAAAGUGGACGCCCCUUUUGAAAAUGUCGAUCUUACGACAGCGAUUGGUGCUCAAACGGAGAAACAUCGUUCCGGGGUUUUUGUUGGAUUCUUGCGCAAUCUCUUUACUGAACGGAAAGGUAAGCUAUAUGAGGUUGUAGCAGAAUGGAAACAAACAAAAAUUACUCCAUCAAUUCCUCCACGCCGUCGACCUUCAGUAAGGAAAGUAAAGAAGCGUAAAUACAAAAUGCCAAAUAAAGUGGAAAUUAUGAAGUUACCGAAAGCAACAAUUCCGAAAGAGAUAGCAGAUAUCAGUCAACCAACUGCAGGAAAUCUAACGAAUGAUGUUUUGAGCAUUAUCUCUCCAAGGAAGAAUACUGCAACUUUGCAUUUCGUUCGAAAGCGUCCCAUACAACCAGAAAAAAUAGCUGAAACGAAGAAAAAACGAAAAAAAUGCGAAGAAAUUGUAAUAAAACAGGGAAGUAUUUUGACCGAGAAUGAUGAUAUCAGUAGAAAUUUUAAUGGGACUUCUGGAAGUGGUGCUGAUAUUGCAUUGGAAAAUGUUGCAGAAUCUAAAGUUGUAAAAGCUGAUUUAAAUAUGGAUCCUUCGUGCAAAAUUAACCCUGGCGAAGAAUUUGUUCAAUGCAGCAUACCUUGUUCAGUUAUGAUGGAUCCAAUAAGGAAAUGGACAAUUGAAGAAGAUCGAAAAAUUUUGUAUAUUCAUAAAGAAAACGGGUCUGAUUUUGAUCUUACAAUGGCAUCAGUUCAAUUAGAAUUACCCGAAAUUCCUAUUGAUGAGUUGAAGCAAAGAUUAGCAUUUUUGCUUAGCAUUUUGGAGCGUAUGGAAAACACUGCUAAUAAGUAA